GGUUGUGGAGGGACAAUUAUGAGAUAUUUUAAGGGGUCAUGGUAAAUUAAAUUUGCGUAUAUACGUAGAACUGUAUAAUUAUACUCUCAUAUAAUCGAAGACGAUAGGACCUAUGAAUUAUUUCCAAGGCCCUCUGUUGAUAAAUAGUAUAAUUUUGGUUUACUGUUCUCUACAUUUGACUACUAAUUUAUUAAAAUGCGUCAAAAAUUUAAAUUUAAGGGGUUUGAGCUUAAUUUGAGGGAAUUUCAGUUUCUAAGUGGGGGAUUUAUAAAACCACAUCUGGCAACUCUGGUCAUUAUGAUAAUAUCCAACCAAUGAAGAAGUCAAAUUUUCCCUGACAAGCUCUGUCUCUCUCUAGGACCUCUCACUUUUAUGUUGGCCGCAAUGUCGCUUCACUGUUUAAAUGGGAUGGGGCCAUUCCAUCCGUGUUGACAGUUCAUUGCAUUUUUGCUUCCGGGUUAACGACGUUUGUGGGUGUAAAAUUAUUAUUUUAAUACAUAAAAGCAACUGUAAUUAAAUGGAAAUGGAAGUAAAACAAGAAAUUAGCGAGGAAACGUGUAAAAUAGAAAUAGAAGAUAAUCACUUGGAUGAGUUGAAAUGUGAAAUUCAAGAGGAAUCCAAUGGGCAAAGUACUUACCACACCUAUGAUUCUUUGGAUUUGAAGAAAUGUCCCAUAACGACUGAAACUGAAACAGAACAACAUCAUGGAAAUAAACUUAAGGGGAUGGGGUAUCUCCAAGGUGAAAGCAAAAUGAAAGUUAUGGAGAAAAUGGAAGAUUCAUCUUAUGAAGGAGAUGACAUGGGUCGACCCAGUGAAGGAAAACCAUUAAACAAAAAUAUGAAAGGUGUGACGGGAAAAAGACUAUAUAAAUGUGAAAUUUGUUAUAAGCGAUUUAGUGAAGCUAAUACUUUGAAAAAACAUUCGAGAGUACACACCGGGCAAAAACCUUAUAAGUGUGAGAUUUGUUUUCAGAUGUUUUCUCAAACAAAUAUUUUGAAAAAUCAUUUAAAAACGCACACUGGAGAAAAACCUUACAAGUGUGAAAUUUGUUUUAAGCAAUUCAGUCAAGCGGGUAAUUUCAAGAAACAUUCAAGAGUACACACCGGGCAAAAACCUUACAAGUGUGAGAUUUGUUUUCAGAUGUUUUCUCAAACAAAUAUUUUGAAAAAUCAUUUAAAAACGCACACUGGAGAAAAACCUUACAAGUGUGAAAUUUGUUUUAAGCAAUUUAGUCAAGCAGGUACUUUGAAGAAACACUCAAGAGUACACACCGGGGAAAAACCUUACAAGUGCAACAUUUGCUUUAAGCAAUUUAGUCAAACAGGUAAUUUGACAGGACAUUUGAGAGUGCGCACUGAGGAAAAACCAUACAAGUGUGAAAUUUGUUCUAAGCAAUUUAGUCAAGCGAGUAAUUUGAAAACACAUUUGGUAGUGCACACCGGGGAAAAACCUUACAAGUGUGAGAUUUGUUUUAAGCAAUUUAGUUACAAAUGUACUUUGAAAACACAUUUGGGAGUGCACACAGACGAAAAUCCUUACAAGUGCAACAUUUGCUUUAAGCAAUUUAGUAAAUCAUGUAAUUUGACAGGACAUUUGAGAGUGCACACUAAGGAAAAACCAUACAAGUGUGAAAUUUGUUCUAAGCAAUUUAGUCAAGCGAGUAAUUUAAAAAAACAUUUGGGAGUGCACACCGGGGAAAAACCUUACAGGUGCAACAUUUGCUUUAAGCAAUUAAGUCAAGCAUGUACUUUGAGAGCACAUUUGAGAGUGCACACUGGGGAAAAACUGUACAAGUGUGAAAUUUGUUUUAAGCAAUUUAGUGAAACAGGAACUUUGAAACGUCAUUUGAGAAUACACACCGGGGAAAAACCUUACAAGUGCAACAUUUGCUUUAAGCAAUUUAGUCAAGCAGGUAUUUUGAAAACACAUUUGAGAGUGCACACUGGGGAAAAACUGUACAAGUGUGAAAUUUGUUUUAAGCAAUUUAGUGGAGCAGGAACUUUGAAACGUCAUUUGAGAAUACACACCGGGGAAAAACCUUACAAGUGCAACAUUUGCUUUAAGCAAUUUAGUCAAGCAGGUAAUUUGACAGUACAUUUGAGAGUGCACACUGAGGAAAAACCAUACAAGUGUGAAAUUUGUCCUAAGCAAUUUAGUCAAGCGAGUAAUUUAAAAACACAUUUGGGAGUGCACACUGAGGAAAAACCUUACAAGUGUGAGAUUUGUUUUAAGCAAUUUAGUCACACAAGUACUUUGAAAACUCAUUUGGUAAUGCACACAGACGAAAAACCUUAUAAGUGCAACAUUUGCUUUAAGCAAUUUAGUAAAGCAUGUAAUAUGACAGGACAUUCGAGAGUGCACACUGAGGAAAAACCAUACAAGUGUGAAAUUUGUUUUAAGCAAUUUAGUCAAGCGAGUAAUUUGAAAACACAUUUGGUAGUGCACACCGGGGAAAAACCGUACAAGUGUGAAAUUUGUUCUAAGCAAUUUAGUCAAGCGAGUAAUUUGAAAACACAUUUGGGAGUGCACACAAAGGAAAAACCUUACAAGUGCAACGUUUGCUUUAAGCAAUUUAGUCAAGCAUGUAAUUUGACAGGACAUUUGAGAGUGCACACUGAAGAAAAACUGUACAAGUGUGAAAUUUGUUUUAAGCAAUUUAGUUUAACAGGAACUUUGAAACGUCAUUUCAGAAUACACACCGGGGAAAAACCUUACAAGUGCGACAUUUGCUUUAAGCAAUUUAGUCAAGCAGGUACUUUAAAAUCACAUUUGAGAGUGCACACUGGGGAAAAACGGUACAAGUGUGAAAUUUGUUCUAAGCAAUUUAGUCAAGCGAUUAAUUUGAAAACACAUUUGGGAGUCCACACAGAGAAAAAACCUUACAAGUGCAACGUUUGCUUUAAGCAAUUUAGUCAAGCGUGUGAUUUGACAGGACAUUUGAGAGUGCACACUGAAGAAAAACUGUACAAGUGUGAAAUUUGUUUUAAGCAAUUUAGUGGAGCAGGAACUUUGAAACGUCAUUUGAGAAUACACACCGGGGAAAAACCUUACAAGUGCGACAUUUGCUUUAAGCAAUUUAGUCAAGCAGGUACUUUGAAAGCACAUUUGAGAGUGCACACUGGGGAAAAUCUGUACAAGUGUAAAAUUUGUUUUAAGCAAUUUAGUGAAGCAGGAACUUUGAAACUUCAUUUGAGAAUACACACCGGGGAAAAACCUUACAAGUGUGAGAUUUGUUUUAAGCAAUUUAGACACAGAAGUAAUUUGAAAACACAUUUGAGAGUGCACACUGAGGAAAAACCGUACAAGUGUGAAAUUUGUUUUAAACAAUUUGGUGUAGCAGGUAAUUUGAAAGAACAUUCAAGAGUACACACCGGGGAAAAACCUUACAAGUGUGAGAUUUGUUUUAAGCAUUUUAGUCACUUAAGUACUUUGAAAACACAUUUGGGAGUGCACACAGACGAAAAACCUUACAAGUGCAACAUUUGCUUUAAGCAAUUUAGUCAAGCAGGUAAUUUGGAAACACAUUUGGGAGUGCACACUGAAGAAAAACUGUACAAGUGUGAAAUUUGUUUUAAGCAAUUUAGUUUAGCAGGAACUUUAAAACGUCAUUUGAGAAUACACACCGGGGAAAAACCUUACCAGUGCAACAUUUGCUUUAAGCAAUUUAAUCACACAGGUACUUUGAAAACGCAUUUGAGAGUACACACUGAGGAAAAACCGUACAAGUGUGAAAUUUGUUUUAAGCAAUUUAGUUUAGCAGGAACUUUGAAACGUCAUUUGAGAAUACACACCGGGGAAAAAUCUUACUAUUGCAACAUUUGCUUUAAGCAAUUUAGUCACACAAGUACUUUGAAAACACAUUUGAGAGUGCACACUGAGGAAAAACCGUACAAGUGUGAAAUUUGUUUUAAGCAAUUUAGUGAAACAGGUAAUUUGAAGAAACAUUCAAGAGUACACACCGGUGAAAAACCUUACAAGUGUGAGAUUUGUUUUAAGCAAUUUAGUCAAGCACGUAAUUUGAGAGGUCAUUUGAGAGUGCACACUGAAGAAAACCUGUACAAGUGUGAAAUUUGUUUUAAGCAAUUUAGUGAAAGAGGAACUUUGAAACGUCAUUUGAGAAUACACACCGGGGAAAAACCUUACUAAGUGCAACAUUUGCUUUAAGCAAUUUAGUCAAGCAGGUACUUCGAAAGCACAUUUGAGAGUGCCCACUAGGAUGGAUCGAAAAAUAGAAGUUUCGAAAACUGUUUUGGAAUAGUGCGCAAAAGUUGCCAUUUGGUAUUACAAACCUAAUCUUUGCGGUUUUUCAAAAAAUGUUCAUUUUCUGCUCUCUACCGGGGGUUGAAAAAAUAAAAAAUACGAAAAAAACUACUAAAAUCUUUUUUAAAAGAUUUCUUUCUUUUUUCUCGACUAUUUCUAGGUCUCGUAAUAGUCAAAGAAAAACAGGAGUCCGAACUGUGUCAACCGCCAUGUUUCGUUCAACCGGGACUUCCAACCACUUCACCGACAACUUUUUUCUUAACACAUUUACAAUUACUUUCCAUCCCCUUUUACUGCUUCCUGCACAUUCACACUUAUAAUUGAUUUGGUACAAUCCACAAUAAUCUUCUUUUCAUCUUCAUCCAUCAAACCACUUUCAUCUAUCCAACAACAUACAUAUAAAUUACUGAUGUCUACAUACAUCCACAUUAUCUAAAUUUUCAUCUAUAUACAACCCACCCCCAUAAUUCUACAUAUGACUAUUUUUACCCCAUCUUUUCAAUCUGCCAUUACCAUAAUAAUGUUCCAUUCUCAUUAAUUUUCUAAUAUACAUCUUAUAUAUUCCAGCCUAUCCUCCCCCUACUGUCAACUACAUCUUAUGACGGUUUGGUUUCAAACCCUUAGGGUUCCGGGUAGCCUGCGAGGUCCUUAGGAAUUAGUCGUUCGAAUUAGCGUUACGCUCGGUUUCAUAAUCAGUUAAAGUGGACUUUAAAUUUUAAGUUGGUACCUUUAUCAAUGCAAUUCAUAUGGGUAAAUGUCAACCUUAAAGUGAACUUUAGUUAACGUUCACUUUAAGUUGAUUAUGAAACCGGGCGUAAGUCAGCUUGUUUUUAAUGAUAUAUCCCCCUAGAUUAUUUAAGACAUUUUUACACUUCAGUCACCCCUACUGUGACUUUUUCUUAAACUUACACAAAUUCCAACAGCUACCAACAAAUUAAAUAAAUUCUAAAACUUUAAAUCAACACAAAAUUGCUUUUCUAAAUCAUGGGUCUAAUCACAAUAGGGUUUAUUAUUAUCGAUUUUAGUUUUCGAUUAAUUUUUGUGUAAUGUGGUUUGCCUACCAUCUCCAUUGACAACAUACGUGAAUACAUUUUCGUAACUACAACAUCUAGUUUAUUUUAUUUUAAUUGAUUAUUUAUCACAGUGGAGUGAUUGUCGUUACUGUUCUUAAUUUAACAAGCUUUACACCAGAGUCUUCAAAACUGACAGGUUAAUUUUUCAACUUCCUGUAGAACUGUCACUUCUGUUAUGUCAUCGUUCAAGAGUCCCGCAUCAUCGUCACUUGCCACGCUUGCCACCAUAGGGCUUUUCAUCGAUUGUCAUUUGUUUCAAAAUUCUGUCAUGUGUCACAUAAUAUUAAUUUAUCUACGUCAUACGUCUUUGGUUUGUAUCAUUAUAAAGUUUGUUCCAACUCGAUACAAAACCGUUCUUGAAUCGUUACGCGCAUGCGCAAUAACGAAUAAUUAUGCGCAGUAACACAUUUUUCGUUAUUGCGCAUACUCGUAACCGUUCAAGAACGGUUUUGUAUCGAGUUGGAACACACCUAUUGUAUCAUUGGUAAUACGAAUAACGUAUGACGUAGAUAUAAUAGGUCUGUUCCUUUGUUUUUUAGUGUUACACUUUUGAGUGUAAGUGUACGAAAUUCUAUGAACAUUUGAGUGUAAAAUGACAGCGGCUCAUGACAGCGGACAGUAUUAAACGAAAAUUAUCGGUGUGCCAAUCAAGCAAAGGGACAAGGAACUUCCGAAUAUGGCCUAACUGGGGGCACAUAACAUAACAUAACCUAAUUAAUCCUAAUAUUUACAUUUGUAAAGAAUAUCCUGUUUGUUUUUAUUGUCGAUUGUGCAGCAAAUCAAAUAUAAAGUAGUUUAUCGCCUACAGAACUGAAUUAGUCCAUAGCAGUUAUCAGUUUUUCUUUCUUGGGAAGCUUAUACAUGUAACUUGUAUUGUUGUAAAUUGUGGGAGUAGGGCAGACAGGGAAAAGUCUUAUUUUGUACUGUUCCCAAGGCUCCCCAUGCAAUACAUUUAAAUGAAUUAUCCAAACAAAGCUGGGGACAAUGGAUAAAAGCCACAAGAAGAACAGAUAUACUGCCCUCCUAAGCCAAAAGGGCGUAUCUCAUUUUGCCAUAUUUUCGUAAAAGGUUUUUUAAUAUGGUGUUUAUACCAAUACGCAUCAAAUUUACUAAGCGAAACAGACGUAUCUCGCGUUGUUGAAGCUGUUUCAUUCGAGAUAUGUCUGUUUUGCUUAAUAAAUUUGAUGCGUAUUGAUAUAAACACCC